AUGUUUCGCCGCAUUGUCGCCUUUGUGCUAGCAGCCGGGUCCGUGAUGAACGCAGUGGCGGCCCCCAGCAGCACGUCUGUUCUCGAUACGCGCGAUGACACAGACGAUAUCAUGAUGUUUGUUUGUGACCAGUACCCAGAUCUUUGCAUGAACAUGUGUUUUGGUUCAUUCUGCGCCGGCAACGGCCAGAGCCUGACCUUCGACAAGCCCGACAAGCCCAUCCAAAGACGCCGCGAGCAGGCCUCUGGCUGCCGACCCCGCCCCGGUCGCUGCUCCACGCCUCCCUAUGGCGACAACUUCGAGUGCGACGAGUUUCCCUUCAAGUCAGUCGCAGAUGUGGACGGCGGGACGCGUAUCAACAGGUGCGUGCCCAAGGACCAGAACCAAGCCCAGGGCGCGCUCAUCAAAGCCUUCUAUAACUCGGGCUACUGCAAGGACAAGAACCCGUGCAGCUUCAAUACCGGAUACGAGAACCCGGGCGGCAUUAAGUACUGCGCCCAAGAGACCUGCGAGAACGAUGGGAACGAAUGGACAAAGGGGGGGCAGUUCAACGGCCGCCGCAACGGCCUUGGCCUUGAUGACGGUGUUCUGUUGAGGCUGCCAGUAACGUGUCGCAGAUAA